CCUCCGCUCCCGGUGUCAUGGCGUCACCUUCGCUCUGAGUCGCUCAAGCGGCGGGGUUCAUUCUCGCCCACAACCAAAACGACGACAACAACAACAACAACAGCAACAACAACAGCAGUAACAACGGCAGCAGCAACAACAACAAGCGCGACAACAAACGCCAUCACGAACAGCAGCAGCAGCAGCCACAACAGCGAGCGCACCGCCACCGCCUCGGAGCCCGCGCCAUGGCGCAGUCUCUGUCCGAUGAGGAGUUCAACCGCAUGCAGGCUCAGCUGCUCGAGUUGAGAAAAGACAACUACCAGCUCACAGAUGAGGUCAAGAAAAAUCAGACAGAAUUGAAUGUCUGUCGAAACAAGGUUGCUGUUCUGGAAAAAGAUUUGGCCAAAGCCCAGAAGACGGUCGCCAAAAGCAAGAAAGCGCAAGAGGUGGAGGCCCUGCUCGGUGAGAAUGAAAUGUUGCAGGCGAAGCUGCGCAGUCAAGAGGAGGACUUUGGCAUCCAAAACACCACGCUCAUGCAGGAGCUGAACAAGCUGUGCUCUCAGCUGGAGCAGCUUGAAGAGGAGAAGCGCGCCGGGAAAGACGCCGUGGCUGGAGGGGCGGCCAGGGUGGCAGUGGCCGUGGACGGGGAGAUCCGCCGGCUGCGGGCGGAGAACGCCGCCCUUCUCAAGAACAUCGCGGCGUUGCAAGAUAAGCACAUUCACGAUUUGGAGAAACUCGGGGAGAGCCACGCGAGCGUCAAUCCGGCGGAGGAGAGCGACGAGGCAGACGGGCAGGUGGUGAAACGCGACUGGACGCUGGACGACGGUGGCACCGAUGGAGACUCCGACGAUGUCGCCAAGCAGCUGCAGAGAAGGGUGUCGAAUCUGGAAGCCCAGCUAAAAGAGUUUAAUGACCUGCAGCUGAAAUUCGCUACAGAGAAAGAGGAAAAUGAACUGCUCAAGGACCAAAUCCAGGCAAUGAUGCUUUCAAAGGAGAAGGACUUUGCCCAAAUGCAGGAAGACAUUUCCAAGGUCACGGAUAAAUUAAAAAAGAAACAAGAAAGCCUCCUGCAACUGCAAAGUGAGAAGGAGUCUUUGUACACGGAGAGCAGAUCAAAACUUGAAGAAGUCCAAAGGAGGAAAGAGGAAGAAAUCGGUGACUUAAAUGUAAAAAUGCAGAAGGUGCAGAACGAGCUGAAGAAAGCCAUGCAGGAUGUCGGCGAGCUGAAGGAGCAGUUGAAGAAGCAGCGGCAAGAACGCGACGAGGCGCUGAAGGCAAAGGGCGACGAGAAUGCGACUCAGAUUGCGCAGAAGGAGGAGCAGAUGGGAAAGAUCCGCGGGGAGAAUGAGGCCUUGCGCACAAGCCUGGCGGCACUCGAGCAGAUUCAAACGACAAGAACGGUGGAGAUCAAUCUUUUGAAAGAACAAAAUAUGAGCUUGACGGAAGAAGUCCACCAGCUUCAACUGCUGAAGAGUAAUCUGGUGUCUGAGAGGGAAUCUCUGACAUCGCAGUACCAGGAGGCAGCGCGUGAGAAGGCCCGCACGCACGAUCGGCUGCAGGAGCUGUCCGCGGAAAAAGUCGGUUUGCAAGCAGACUUGGAGGAGGCCAACAAGCUCGCCGUGAAGAGGAAGUCGAUGCUGGACGCGUUGGCAAUCGAGACGCAGCAGGAGAAGGGCCGGCACAAGGAAGCGCUGUCCACCAUGCAGCUCGCGCACGACAAGGAGGUGCUGGGGGUGCGCGCCCGCUACGAGCGCGAGCUGCGCGAGCUGCACGAGGAGAUGGUCCGCUCGGCCGACGAGCUGCGUGCCCAGCUAAAAGAUGAGAAGAUGAAGACAAAGGAGUUGGAGGGACUGAAGGAGAUGGCCAACGGCCUCCAAAGCCAAAUAGCGGGUUUGGAGAGUUCGAAGGGCUGGUACGAGAGACGUCUCCAGGACGCGGAGGAGCUGGCGAAGAAGAACCUCGAUGAGCAUCAGGGUCGCAUCCAGCAGCUGCAGGAGCAGCACCGGCUGGAUUCCCAAAAAAAAAUGGAAGAGGCGGUUCAUCUCAAGCAAGAGUUGGAGAACAUGGUGCAGCGAGAGGCGGAACUGAAGCAAGAAAUCGAGCAUUUGAAGCAGGAGCUGAAGGAUGUUGUUGACCAGCAGAGGAUCGUCGAGAAAAAGGGAAGCGCUGCGCUCAAGGAUCUGAAGAGGCAGCUGCAGCUGGAGCGGAAGAGGGCGGAUCGGGUGCAGGAGAGACUGCAGGAUUUCUUAACCAACAGCAAAAUGCGCGCAGGAAUGGAGGAGCUCAAUUUGUCCGACAUGUGCUCGCCAACACGAACGCAGACCGGCGAUAGCAGCAGCAUCUCGUCCUUCAGCUACCGGGAUAUCAUGCGAGAGACGCCCUCCUCCAGCAAGCAGCAUACGGAGAGCCCUCACACGUCACGUCCCGCUGAUUUGUCGGACGACGAGGUGACGGAUAUGUUCCAGCGCAUCGCAGAGCUGCAGCAGGAGAAGUGGAACUUGGAGGAGAAGGUAAAACACCUGGAGGCCAACAGCUCCUCUAUGGCUGAGGACAUCUGCAAGAAGAACGCGAUCAUUGAGGCGUACGUCAUGGAAAGUCGGAUAGACACGGCCGCGGCGCACGCCCACGCGCACGCCCACGCCGACCGGAGCAGCAUCGGCAGCGUGUUCCGGGACCUCGUGAAGCCGGGGGACGACAGCGUGAGGGACAUGAACAAAAAGCUGCAGCACAUGCUGGAGGAGCAGCUCACCAAGAAUAUGUACCUCCAAAAGGACAUGGAAUUGCUAUCUCAGGAGGUGGUGCGGCUAAGUAAGGGUCCCAGCGUUAACAACGAGACAUCUUAAACUUUCUGCACAACUUACCAAAACUCGCGUAAAACUUCAAGCUCGAAUGAAUGAGCGUGCGCUUAAGGUGGGGUGGGUAAGCGGGGGACCAGUGCUAAUCUCGGUAGAUGUGAUGAACAGAGGCCAAAACAUACUCCUGGCCCUCGGCCUAAAUAUUCUUUCUCCAACCCUCAGAAGCCCACAGUCACAUGUCCAAGUGGUCCGCCCUAAGCAUCCACUCGCCGCGCUGUAUAUCCAAGCCAAACACCUCACUUUAGUAGCAAACUUCUCUCAUCUCUUAGGCCCGCGACGGCGAAUCUAGUCGUAGGCUUGACACGCUCGCAAGUCUCCAUUGCACAGUUAGUUUGCUCGUGAAGAGAAUAAGCUACGGGGGGGGGGGGGGGGGGGUAGAUAGAGGAAGGACUUGAAAUGGCUUGAACUCGAGUUGGGGGAAAUUACGAUUUGAAAGGACCUUCUCGGAACCUUAUUGGGUCCAGGGGUGUUCGUAACUCGCCUACAUUCCGCACCGAUGAGCAAGUUUUACGCGCGCGAACAAAAAACCAACCCCCCGUGCCGCGCCAAGAUUUGGACAGGAGGUGGUGAAUAUUGAAUUGCAAUUGUGAGUUGUGACAGUCUCCCACUGUCUGUGUGCCUGCGUGUUGUGGUUUGACAAUAUGCUGCUGUUAGAAGGGAAAGAAAACCCCCCAUCAUGUCUGUACAUACCAUUGUUAUUGUAAAAAUACAAUCCGUGCAUCUCAAACGAAGGGACCAUCGUCACGUCAACCACUACUUGGCAAUGUUCAAAAAGUAAACGCGUGGUUCACUUUGCUACCGCGACGGUCCUUCGGUAAUUACGAGCGCUCCCGAAAGGAACGCGCGAGAAAUCUAUCGCACAUGUCUCUCAAACGUCGUGUUUUAAGUCUAUAAACGGUAUCCUGUUGGUGCACUUCAGUACUCGAUGUUUUUUGUCACGAGUGUAAAACCGGUGUUGUAUACCAAGGGGAGUGGGUUUGGAAUAACAAUGUACUAUACCAAUGGGUUGUUUAUUGUGUAAAGUAUUGGAGGAGAUGUGAUUUAAUUGCAUCGCAGUGUCUUUUACGGUCGGAAAAUAGGAAUAAACCUUUUCGAAACUG